GAAUUUCAAAAAUUUACACAAACAUUUGACAACAAUUUUUAAUUUAUCGAUAAUCUCUUAUUUUGAACAAAAAAAUAAAUAAAUAAACUGUGAUUUAUUCUAUUAGGAGCUAUAAAAGAUGGCCAUGAAUAGCAGCACUUUUCCGAUGCCUGCAAUUGACCUUACUGGAAAGCUUGUUAUCAAAGCUCAACUUGGAAAUGAUAUUCGUAAAAUUCCUAUUCAUAACGAAGAAAUUACCUAUGACGAGUUGUUGCUGAUGAUGCAAAGGCUUUUUCGUGGAAAAAUAAAAAGUUCAGAUGAAAUAACUAUUAAAGUAAAAGACGAAGAUGGGGAUUUGGUGACCAUUUUUGACAGUUCUGACUUGAUGUUUGCUAAGUCACUUAGUAGAUACUUGAAACUGACAAUAUUUGUCAAUGGUAAGCCUGAGCCUUUAGAAGAUGAUCAAGUUAAAGAAAUAAAACGAGAACUUAUAAGCAUGCGUGACAAAAUCAAUUUUUUAGUAAACAGACUAGAUGAGUUUUCAUCUAAAAUUAUUAAUGAAAAAAAAAAUUCAAAUGUUUCAGAAGUUCAAAAUGCUGUAGAAGAAGUUCCAAAGGAAAAUGUAUCAUCUACUUCUUGCCAAUGCAAUCAAUCGACUUUGAAUCGCAUCUCUAAUCAAUCUAGUUUAUCAUCCAUUAAUAAUAGUCUGAGUGUAGAAUCUGAUCAUUUAACAACUGUAAAAGUCUCUCCUGCAUUUAUGCAUGGUCAUCCAGGUACUGAGAGGAGAACAGAGUUUGUUUCUCAAUAUAAAAGAUAUUAUAAAAACUGUGUCCAUUCUUCUGAAAAAGGGAAGAGUUAUCCUUGCUCUCAAUAUAAUACUUGUUUUGGGUCACUUUCUCACAAUAAAGUUCAGGAUAAAAUAAUUCAACCUGGUCUAUCACGUGUACCUGUAAAUUCUUCGCAUCUUGUAUUAUCUCCAAUAUCGAACCAAACUUCAGAUAAGUAUCUUUAUUCACCACCUAACUCACAAAAAAGUAAUCAAUCAAUGUUUGACUGUAUAGGUGGCAACAUGGUUUCUGCUGACACAAGUAAUUUAGUUUCCAAUACUUUUGGAAGCCAUCGUAGUGAUGGAAAGUUAACAUCUGAAAAACAACGUGCCUACUUUACAGAUUCUAUGAGAUUAAUGAUGUUAGAUUGUUAUAUAAAUCAAAGUAUUGGAGAAGUUGGAUAUAAACAAUUUCCAAAACCUAUUGUAAACAGACUUUCAAAAGACUUGGGUCUAACUAAAGUUCAAGUAAAACAAUGGGUAAGAAACAAAAACAAACGCGUAAGGGCGUUGAUUUUAAAACAAUCGCAAGAACAGUUACCUCAAACAUCGAAAAUGGCUACCUUAUUUAACAGCCAAGAAACUUUUUCUAAUCAAAAAGUUGAUAAUAAUAUUGUAAAAGAUGAACCAAUGGACGAAAAUCCAGUAGUGUUUGUUUUGAAUGACCAAAAUAUUUAAGUCUUGAAAAAAAAUUGUAUAUAACAUAAAUGUCAAGUAUUCUAUUUGAACUUAAAAUUUUGUCUUUUUUUGUUGUUGUUCAAGUUUUAUAUUUUUGAAAACUUUAUAUUAAUAUUGUUUGGUAUUAAAAACGUUUUUAUAAAAUAUUAUAAAAAGGUAAAGUUAAUUCAUAUUAAAUGUUGUUUUACUAGAUUUAGAUCCUUAUAGUUCAGUAUAAAUCAUGUAUUUGUUUGAAGUUUAUAUUUCUUAUUUAAAAUAUAGAGAUUUUUUUUAAUAAGAAAUUAAAAAAAAAAGUUAAUAUAUGUUGUAUUAGAAAGUUAAUAUAGUUCAAUAUAGAUUAAUGAAGUAAAAAAAUUAUUCUGUUUAAUUCCUUACUUCAACCUAUGAUUUUUUACAAAUAUAAAUUUAUUACAUUUUUUUCUCUUUACAGCUUCGCAGAAUCAAGUUCAACGAGUGCCAACAGAGAAACUUAGUUCCGAAACUUCUCGUGUACAAGCUAUGUUUGAUCCGUUAAG